CAUAUGCGCUCUUAAAGAAAUUUUUACAUACGUAUGUCAAAUCCGUCAAUUCGUCGAACAGAGUGGUUGCAAGACGGCGCGCUUGGAUAAGAUACUUUGCUCAAGACGUUUUUGCUUUCCGUACUGUCAACCAAAUCUUGUAAACGUUGUCCUGCUACUCAAACGUAAGACGAAAGUCGAUCUCUGUACGGGUGUAAAGAUGGCCAUGAAGACAGCAGCGUCGACAUUGGACCAGCAUUUUCUUGAUGAGUUUGCCAGGCAAAAGGAGAUCGUAGCCGAAAUAGAAUUGCAGUUGGAAUGUUUACGAUCAAUCCAUGAACCGCUGUCGUUGGAAGUUGCACCUGAAAACAUUAGUUUAUCUCGACGUCCCCUUCAAACGAUUAUUGAAAUUUGCAAAGUCGGAAAAAGAAGAGUUGAAAAGCUUGAAAAUGAACUCAUAUCAAAGAUGCGCGAUAAAUUUGCCAAUAUGAAGACAGAGCGGAAAAUAGUCCAGGAAACGACGACAGGUGUGCCAGAACAAGGCGAAGAAAAUGAAGGUCAACCGCAUGAGGCAACUGAGGAAACUGAAUCACUGUUAUUGACAUCCAAAGAACACGAAGAAAAUGUGAAUGAUUCUAAAAUAUACUAAAGACCGAGGGAGAAAGUCUUCCACUAGAGCACAAUGAAUCAUGUAUAGACCAUCAAACAAAUAUGCUCAACUCUCACAGAGUUCCUUUACAAUGCAACGAGUCAGACAACAGGCAACGACAACGGGUAACAGACAACGAAGUAUGCUGUCUUGAUCCACGGAAAAUGAUUUUUUGCAAACGGUCAUGCGGUCUAGUUGCUCUGCAAGUGAUGCUACGCGAAGAAGGCGUUCCUUUUUGUAUGUCAAGGUUGUGUCAGAAAUUGCAGCAAAAUUUGUUGACCAAAAGGCAAGAAAAACUUGAGAAAAUGGAUGGUUUGUUGCCAUGCCCGAAAGUACUUCCUUUCCUGUAUGAAAAAAAGUUCUUUAAAGAAAUACUCCUCGAACGAGGGUUUUCACUGGAAGAAGUGAAGAAUGCUUUUAAAAUUCAGGGCGUAAAGCAGGUGUUUUGCUUUAUCACACGAAGAGCAUAAGCCAUUGUGUUAAUUUGGUGAAUCACAUGAAGGAA